CUGGCAACCAGAACAUAGCGCUUCCCUCUGCAGCCAUGUUAGCUGAAGCUUUGUCAUAUUUUCUGCAUCUUUCCUCCCUGGUUUAUCCGAUUUUUGCUCCCUGCAUGCAUCCUGAGCAGCUGCCUGUGAGCUCUGUAGAUCAGCACCAGUAUCUGGGGAAAUGGUUCUUCCAAGCGGCUGUCAGCCAGCGGCAGGCGGAUAUCAGCAAGUUCACCAUGUUUGACAACAUGGUCUUCACCAUAGAGGCCACAGCCAACAGCACUCUGGUCUUUACUGGAUACAUGCGGAUGGGAGAGGCCUGCAUUAAACAGAACUGGACCUAUUACAUCCAGCCUGGCAGGGAUGACCUGCUGCUGGAAGGGAGGCCUCAGCGAAGGAACCUGCUCUGGAACGGUGCGUGGGCCAACUGCCGCGACUGCAUAAUCUUCCAGGAAGUGGAGCCGCGGCAGACAGAGGCCGACUCCGUAGACUCCCUCAACAGGUUCAUGCUGUAUGUACGGCAGAAGGACUCGGCGUCUGAGGUGGUGACAGCAUUUCUCAGGAACUCAGCUUGCCAUAACCUGAAGCAGAGCGUCCGACUGCCGCACCACAAAGAGUAUUGUGCGUAGAAGUGGGAGGGGCCAUUCCUGCUCCAGCACAAGCUCCGCCCCUUCCUGGCACUGUGAGAGCAUCGGACCUUUGCAACCGUCAUCCUUCGUGUUUGCUUUCAAACAGUGACGUAGAACAGAUUAAACAGUGAUUGUAUUUUUAAAAUAGACGUAAACUGUGUUUAUUUUUUAAGGUUAAUUAAAGCAUGUUUGGUAAAAUAACGAGAAAUGAAGGCAGCUGCAGCUGAACCAGCUUUCAUUCUCAGUAACAGGAACCACAGCUGCAGCUGGUGGAAAAAAACAAGCUUUAACAGAAAUGAUGUGAGGAUGGGAAGCAUCACUAACAUUUAUCUUCUUCCUCUGAAUAAACGACCUGGUCUCUGCUAAACCUGAGGAGUUUUUAUCCUUUCAAUCAAGACUUUAUGGACAGUUUCUAAUUCAUAACAACAUAGAAAACACAACUUCAAGCUC